AUGGAGACAGACCGGAAGCGGAGGCAAAAGGUGGUGAUAGUGGGUGCCGGGCCUGUAGGCUCGUUGGCGGCUCUGUACGCUGCCUCGCAUUAUGACGAGGUGGAAGUGUACGAAGUUCGCACCGGCGAUAUCCAGUGUCCUUCCGAGUUGCCUUCCAAGUUUCGAAAAUCGAUCAAUUUCACCCUGUCAGAGCGCGGCAUAAGUGCCAUGAGACAGUCCAACCGCAGGGGCUUCCUGGAGGCCGUCAUGCAAACGGCCAUCCCUAUGAAUGGCAGGAUCGUCCAUGCAAAGAACCCCCUGGGGGGUCCUCGGGAGGCUUUCCACCCGUACGAUAUUAAUGGAAAUUCUGUAUACUCAUUAGAACGAACGGCGAUGAAUCGAGUUCUCCGGAAGGAGCUUGACGAGACACCAAACAUCACCAUGCACUUCAACCACCGAUUUGUCCGAGCCGACUUCUCUGCGCACAAGGCCUGGUUUAAACAAGAGGGCCAACCCGAGAUUGAGGUCGAGUUCGACUUCUUGAUCGGAGCAGACGGUGUCCAUUCGGCAGUCCGAUACCACAUGAUGAAAUAUGCCUACACGGACUACGAACAGAAGUACGUUGACACCAGGUGGUGCGAACUGCGUAUGCCACCUUCUGCCGAUGGUCACUUUCGUCUGUCCCCUGACCAGGUCCAUCUCUGGCCCGGCGGGGAUUUCAUGCUCGUUGCAUUUCCAUGCCCGGACAAAUCAUUCAACUGCACAUUGUUCGGCCCCGCUGCCCAUCUCGAUGCCUUGAGACGCUCCGCAUCUGCGAAGCUGUUCGAGUUCUUCGACGCCUAUUUCCCCGGCGUCUGUCCCCAUCUGAUCUCCCGGGAAUCACUGAGAAUGCAGUUCCAUGAGAACCCCCACCUGCCAUUAUUCACCGUCAAAUGCAACCCGCACCAUGUCGGAUCCAGUGCCGUCAUCCUCGGCGACGCAGCACAUGCCAUCCUCCCCUUCUACGGCCAGGGCCUAAACUCCGGCAUGGAAGACGUCCAGAUCCUGUUCAGCCUGCUAGAGAAGAACGGCGUGUAUACCAUGUCCAACCCAAAGGCUCGCAGCGAUGCCCGAGGACUGGCGCUGCAGGAAUAUACGGCUCAGCGCGUGCCGGACGUGUAUGCGAUCCACGACAUCGCCAAACGGGUCCAUUUCGAGAUCAGACAUGGGGUGAAUACUCCAGUGUACAGGAUCAGAAAAUAUGUCGAGGACACCUUGCAACGAUAUGUGCCGCUGCUGGGCUGGCAGACCCUACACUCUCGAGUCAGCUUUACCGGACAGCGCUAUUCGGAGAUAGUUCGUGUCGACCAACGCCAGGGUCUGAUACUUGCAGCAACUGCAGCCUUGAUUGUCUUUCUAAUCUUUGUGGCUUUUGUGAGACUCCUGAUCGCAGUCUGGGUAUAA